AUGGUGUCACAAGAACACAAGACGUGGACUUAUGGCGAUGGCGCAGCCAGGACUUACCUAUGCUCCACCGACCCUGGCCUCUUGCAACUCGACGCUCUUAACGCCGCGCUCGGUUCGGAUAUGCUCUGGUGGGCCACGGCCCUGCCCGAGGACAGGCUGCAGACGCUCGUAAACAGCUGCAUGAUCAUUGGUCUCUAUUCGCUCGAGCCUGAGAACUCGGGGCAGCCUAUUAAAGAUCAGAAACGCACUAUGAUAGGGGCGGCAAGGCUCAUCACAGACCGCGUGACCUUUGGCUAUCUGACGGAUGUGUACGUUCUCAAGGAACACCAGCAGAAGGGCUUGGGCAAAUUUCUGAUGAAAUGCCUGAACGAGAUCUUGGAGGGUUGGCCCGAGCUGAGAUCAUUGUGGAUCCUCUCAAGCAGCCCUGAGAGUCAGAAGCUGUAUGCCGAAAUCUUUGAUACCGUGGACUUCUUUGCAACCAACCAGAAUCCCAACUUAGUGUUGCUGGAAAAGAAGGGACCCGCCUCUAGUCACUGA